AAAAUAAAAAAAUCAAUUGAAUUAAGCUGAUUGAGGGAAGAGCGAGAAGUCACUUUUGCUGUCUCAGAUAAUGGUAUUGCCUCACAGUGGAAAGGUUAAGAAGCUAAAAUACAGAAACAAAACAAAUAAGAAAAAAACAAAAAGAAAAAAAAAAAAAAAGGCAGGCAGGAAUAAGGUGGGCGUGAGGAGUAAAGCUAAACUAAAAUCAAAUGGGGUUCGUACGCUGUUGGGGUUUCUAUUCUCAUCGAUUUCAACCAAGGGAUCUUAAUCGUGGCAGUAAAUUUUCACACUGGGAUCUGACUUCUUAUAACUAGAUCAUUGUGCUCAGAAGACCUUCUGUGUCAAUGAGAAUUCAAAAGAUUGGCCAUCAGAGUUUCAAACACAGUAAAACAUUUUUUGUAUCCAAUGCUGGAGAGAAGGAAAUAGAAGAUAACCCUGUCUCAGGAGCAGACACGGGUGAUGAUUCUGAUGAUUUUGAGCUCACUGAGUUGUGCUGUGAGCUUGGCUUGGUAGAAGGUCAGCUGUGUGGCAUACCAUAUGAACUCUUUGAUCUGCCAGAUUUGAGGGAAAUAUUAUCAUUGGACACUUGGAAUUCUUGUUUGACAGAGGAAGAAAGGUUCUGGCUGUCGGCUUACCUUCCAGAUAUGGACCAGCAGACUUUUUGUUUGACUAUGAAGGAGCUUUUUGAAGGUAGUGAUCUAUAUUUUGGGAACCCAUUGGAUGUGUUUUUCAAAAGAUUGAGAAGUGGAUUCUAUCCUCCAAAAGUGGUUCAUCUCAGAGAAAGUUUGCAGUUUAUACAGAGAAAAAAGUAUUAUCAUUCAUUAAGAUCUUACCAUGACAGGAUGACACAAAUGUUCAUGCAUAUGAGAAGGAUGUGGGAUCAGUGUGAAAUGAGCUCUGGUGUUGAGGAAAGGAUUUCUAUGUGGAAAAAUAAGAGAAAACAGAAAGCCAUCAAUUUGCUUGAUCUUAACAAAUUUCCCAAGGAUGAUCAACUGUUGAGUGAGGAGGUUAGCUUGCACACAAAGGGAAUGAAGCCAGAGGAGCGAAAGACAGCAAAAGAUGUUUUGCCAACUCUAUCUGCCAAUGGAAUGAAAUUUGCUCCAAAACACAGAGCAAAGGGGGUUUUAAAGAUGAAAGCAUCUGGGAAUGGCUUAUUCCCAAAUCACAAUCCAAAAAUAAUUGGCAGUGACAUUUCAGAGCAGCGUCGAUCUGUACCCAAGGGAUUGUUGAAAAUAGUACCUAAAGUUCCUUCUGUCUGGCUGGAACAAUCAGAAGUGGUGCCAAGGGGAGCACAACCAACAUUUCUGGUCAGGACCCAAGGUUUACAGGAUUUUAAGUUUUCUUUCCCAGCACAUACACACUUUCCAGAUGCAGGUGGCCUAUAUGGAUCACCAUUUUUAAGGCAUAAGGUUGAUGGUAGCAGAGUUCAUUCAACUCUAAAUCAACCUCAUUAUCUACUGAAUCAGCAAGAAAGUAGUAUGAGAACUAGUAGUCACUCAGAAAGCUCUACUAGAAAAAUAGAGAGGCCAAUAAUGCCUUCUCCAGAUGACAUUACGGUUUUAGGAAAACAUGCUUUGUUGGCAGGUGAUGUGAGAAGGGACCCUGUUGAGGAAUUUCGACCAAUGAAUCUAAUGAGUGCAAGGGGGCACGCCUUUGGUAUUGAAAGUUUGUGGCCACAUUUGCGCAAAGGAACUGAAGACUUUUCCCUGAGAUCCUUGGAAUCUACCCCAUCUGGUGUCCAAUAUCACGGCAGACAACAGCGAAUGGCACUCAUGAAAGACAGGCAUAUCAAUGCAUUUCCAAGAAUUCCAGAAGCUGUUCCCAGAACUUCAGCCAUUGGUAAUGGUAAGCAGGAAGUGUUAAUGGCAUCUUCUUCAGAUCCAACAAGAGGUGAGAGUGACAUCAGUGAAAAAAAAUCGGAGAAGCUAUUAAGCAAUUCCAGUGUUUCUGAGGGGUUUAAAGAUGAACCUAUGCUGCCUUUGACAUACAAACGUAGAAAGGCUCUAGCUAAGACCAACUCAAUGGACACUGGCAAGACUAUAACAGCAGGAGCUGAUUUGAGCUCUAAUCAACUUUGGGGGGAAGGUGCAAAAGCAGUGAAAAUAAAAUUCACUGGGUGGAAAGACAUGCCCUUGAACGAGGAACCUUGGGCAACAAAUCAUGGACUAAAGUAGGUAUUCUUACUAAUACUGAUAUCAAAUUUCUAGUAAUAUUUUUCGUGAAGUCACUCUGUACUAUACGCUUGUCAAAUGUAUAAAUGAAAGUAUAGCAGUAAAUGAAUAUUCCCAUCGGCCAGUACAUCCAUGUGAGUGUGCCCUUGUGUGCUUACAUCUUUUCUAGUUGGUCACAUAGCUUGCUGGCUUAUAAGGCCAAUGUCAAUGAACGCAUAGGUUGUCGUUGUCUUCUGUCAUUGCUUCAGAUGUUUUCACCUGAAUCAAUUGUUAAUUUUCCGUGGCUC